GUAACUAUCCCUUUCGUGUUUCAAAAAAGAAAAACUACCCCUUUGAUAUUCUUUCUCUCUCCCGAGUCAUCACCUUCUGAAACUCGAUCUGAUCACUGAGAAUCUACGACGACGAAGAAGGUGGAGGACGAAGAGGAAGAAGGAGAAUCUCAGGCUACGUAAUCGUUGAUCUUUAUCUGUAACUGUAUUCUAUUGCGUCGAUCGUAUCAGUCACGUGCGUCCCGUCGUCCUCAUCCUCUCCAAAGACGAUCUCAACAGCAGCGGCGACAAUCCCGGAGUCGGAGACUCCUCUAACUUCGAGGAAUUCGGCGAAUCCGAACCCAAAUCCGAAGAGGAACUCGAUCCCGGCUCGUGGCGACAGAACUUUCGAUAGGUUGAUGGAGGAAGCGGUGGAGGAUAUAGAGGCGGCUUCUUCAUCCGGAGAUCCGCACUCGCAGUCGCUGAUGGGCUUCUUCUACGGGACGGGGAUGAUAAGGGAGAAGAGCAAAAGCAAAUCCUUCCUUCGCCAUAACUUUGCUGUUGAAGGUCGUCUCUUUCUUAAUGCAACUUCUGGGUCACACUUCUACUUUGACGAUGAGGUGAUAGCAAGUCAAACUUUAUUCGAUGAGUUGUGUGCCACAAACAUAAGUGACUCUACCAGUGUACCGAAUACGGUGGAGUCCAGAAGCUGGAGACAAUUUCAUUAGCGGAGUUGAACGCCUACGUUCUAACCUCCCCCACAAGUACGUUUUCUGAUUUAACAUCUACUCAAGCGUUCUAAUAUUCAGGACAUUAAACCCAUAUAACUCACUUAAACACAAAAUAUUGAGUUCAUAUUCAGGACAAUGUCUCCUCCUGCACAUGCACUAUAUGUUUUAACGCAAGUGCUGUUGGAGUUGUGAGGUUGUUUCCUAAAUAUUAUCUUAAACCUCCAAACUUUUCAAAAAUCUUUUGACUUUUUUUACUCACCAAUUUGUUAACAUUCAAAGUUUGAUGCUCUUAAAGAUAACGUGUUGAAAUGAUGGUGGCAAAUAGAGAAGAAUCGGCUGUCUUUGUUGCCUUCGACACAGCUAUCACUAAGCUCACCUAUGCCAGGGCCACAGAGGUUUCCAACCCUAUUGGUUAUGGUGAGCAAGACCCAGCAGAAUAUAACAUCCCUUACUUCCUCCAAGACAUUGUUCGGAAGAGCUACAUUUCAUCUCAAGCUUACAGAGUUAACUUUUCUUACCUACAUUGUUCGAAAAUUCUCGCCACUUGGGUCUCAUUAAACAGCAAACUACUUACAAAUUUAACUGUUUGUCUAAAGGGUGAGGGCAACAAUCAUGGUGACAAUAUCCCUGGAGAAAAUUGUGCUUCUUGCAAGUACCCUGUCGGUGACUCCUUCUCAAAGGACACUCAUCUUCCUGAAGCUAAUGACCAGACCAUUGGACCUGCAAGUGCUGUGCAAGAAGCGUCAAACACCUACCAGGUGGAGUCCAAUAGUGAGAAUGUUGAUGAUCCACAGGACCACCACAAAGAAGGCCCGCAAAGCUUAGUUUUCACCAUGGAGCGGAAUAGAGGAACAAAUGUUUCUCCCAUGCAUAUCGUCAAGUGGCACUCACGUAUGCAUAUCGUCAAGUGGCACUCACGUUAUGUUGUUCCAAAUAAUAGUUAUGACACUAAGUCCACCAUGAAAUUAAACAUUUUGCGUUUAUGAUAUAGAACAUAUUUCAAAUU